GCAAAAUGGAAAUGGGAUGAAUGUCACGAUCAAGCAAUAUCUGAACUUAAACUAAGCUUAUCCAGGCUCCAUGCCUUGCAUAUCCAGAAGGUGGAAAACCCUUCUAUAUCGAAACAGGUUUUACCAACAAAAGUGUAAGUGCGGUUCUUUUCCAAAAACAAGAAAAACUGAAUAAAAUAAUCGCUUAUGCCAGCAAGUCAUUAUCAUCAGUUGAAAUAAAAUUUAAUAACUGUGAAAAAGCAUUAUUAGCAACUGUAUGGGCUUUGCAAUAUUUCAGGAGUUUUAUUCAAGGUGAAAAGAUAAUUGUGGAAACUGCACAUCAAUCACUACAAUAUUUACAGAGUGGUCGAUUAAAGGAUGGAAACCUGUCAAAUAGUAGGAUAACUGCAUGGACAAUGUCCCUUAUGGGAUGGCCAUUGGAGAUCAGAUAUAAACAGGAUACUAAAAAUCCAGUUGCUCAAGGAUUAGCUGAACUCCAUGAUUGUAUUAAUGUUGAACACAAAGAUGAGUCACCAGAAAAUGACUUUCUGGAGGAACAAUCACUAUCUCCAUAUAAAUCAUAUGAAGAAGAAUACUGCAAAUCAUUACCAUGUGUAUAUGUUGAUGGCUGUUCUUUCCAUACAGAAGAAGCUGAAAAGAUGCUAGUUGCAGAUUCCGAUUAUGUUCGGAACAGCUUUGUGGAAUAUUUUCCCGGAUGGAAAAGAUCCAAUAUGAUGAGAAGUAAUAAGAAACCAGUCAAACAUGGUAAGUUGUUUUGUAAAAUCGAUGAAUUAGUUACUACCCACAGCCUUAACAUAUAUUGGAAGAAGGUAAGGGGUCAUUCGAAACAUUCAGGUGCAGAUAAAGAUGGAAAUGACUUAGCAGAUUCCCUUGCCAAGAAAGCAGCCAUGGAGGGAGAGAUCUUGGAUAUUGAUGACCUCAUGGGAACUAUCCAAGUGAAUGCCACAACCAGGAGUCAGACCCAAAAGGAGUCUCAACCUAAUGUGGCAAUGUGGAGCCAAGAUUCCCCUAGCGAAGAUCUCAUUGAGAGUCAGAAAGGGGAUCCCAUUAUUGGUUUAUUUUAUAAAUAUAUUCAAAAUCCAAAGGAUCAUCCCAUAACUAUGGAAGAAUGUGCUGAUAAAGAGGAGUUACGUAUUUUGGUGAAAGGCGAGUCCCAAUUUUCAUUACAAGAUGGAUUGCUGAUACGAACCUCGAAAAAUGGUAUUACACAAUGGGUAGUACCCGCAGCAUAUCGGGGUUUGAUGUUACAACAUGCUCAUGAUGCCCCGACAGCUGGUCAUCGAGGAGAGAAAAUAACAUAUGAAUUGUUAAGGGAUUAUGCUUAUUGGCCACACAUGUUACAGGAUGUCAGGACUUAUUGUCAAGGAUGUUUGAUAUGUCCUCAAUUCCAGCCACAAGGACCCAAUCACCGGGCACCGCUGAUGAAAAGAGGAAUAUCCAUGCCAUGGUCAGACCUCCAAAUUGAUUUCAUUGGACCAGUAACAACAUCCUCAAAAGGAAACCGGUAUAUGCUAACUGUAACUUGUUUAUUUACAAAAUGGGUAGAAUGUUUGCCAUGUAAGACGUGUAGUUCUAGUGUAUGCGCAUCACUGCUCAUUAACCAUAUAUUUUCCAGAUUUGGUCUUCCCCAACGUAUUGAAUCUGACCGCGGAAGUCACUUCACCAGCGAAAUAAUGACUAAGAUGUGGGAAAUUCUAGGAGUAAAAAGGAAGCUACACAUAGCUUACAGACCAGCUUCUAGUGGUGGAGUAGAGCGUUACAAUCAAUCAAUCAUAAACAUUCUGAAAAAGUUUGUCAAAGAAUCUGGUAAAGACUGGGAUGUCAAGUUACCACUAGUUCUCAUGGCUAUUAGAGCCACCCCGAGUGCGGCAACCAAAAUUUCUCCAUUUGAGAUGAUUACGGGUAGAAAAAUGGUAUUACCUCAACAUUUACUUUACAGAACCACAGAUCACAAUUUGAUGAAUGCAAUGACUGCACAUCAAUAUGUAGAAAAUUUACGAAAGCAUCUACAGCAUGCUUUUGCGUUUGCUCAAAGAAAUAUUGAGAAAGCUGCAGUAAGUACAAAAACGUACUAUGAUCUAAAAACAACUCAAAAGGAAUAUCAGGUUGAUGAUAAAGUUUAUCUUUAUAACUUUGCCAGAGACCAAGUAAAGGAAAGGAAAUUCUUAACUUCCUGGAAAGGUCCAUAUAUAAUCACUGAUAAAUUAUCUCCUGUGGUUUAUAAAGUUAAAAUUCCUAAGGGGGAUGAUUUUGUUGAAAAAUGGGUGCACAUUAACCAAUUACGUGUUUGUCAUCCUAGCCAACAGCUUCGGAGAAUAGAGCAAGUCGAGAGCUGA